UUUUCAUCUUAAAGGUUAUUUAUCACUUUAUGGAUCCGACUGCAAGGAAAGCUGUCAACUUGAACGUUUUGCGUCGCCAUGACCAAAAUAUUGUUGAAAUAAUUGAUAGUUCAAGUUAUGUUGUUGUAUACAAAUUUGACCAAGGUGCUUGGACAAAGAAGGGCGUAGAGGGAACAUUGUUCGUGUUCAAAAGAUGUGUACAACCUGUGUAUGGAUUUAUAGUGAUGAAUCGGUUAGGUAUCGAUAACUUCAUGGCACCAUUGACAGACGGUAUGGAGCUAGAAUUCAAAGACGAAUAUAUUAUAUAUCGUACUACAGACGAUGGUAUCGUUGAUGACUUUUUUGAAGUUCGCCAAUAUUUUGUUAUGUGAAGAACCCACAAAUAGUAGCCGGAUUAUGGUAAUUGAGUAUUGCUUUGGAUAGUAGAUAAUAUCCAUGGCAUUUGGG